AAGACACAUACCGUUUUCUCAGCCAACCCUCUCUCCCUCUCUGUUCGCACUCUGUCUUUCCCCUGUUUCCGCGUCACUGAGUCAUGGCGAUUCGCAACUCGCUCACCGGCCAAUUCCUCCGCCGCAGCUCCGUCGCCGGAGCAAGGCUCAUGUCUUCUUCGUCCUCAUGGUUCCGGAGCAUCGAGCCCGCUCCCAAGGAUCCUAUCCUCGGAGUCACUGAAGCUUUCCUCGCCGAUCAGAGUCCAAACAAAGUCAACGUCGGAGUGGGUGCGUAUCGCGAUGACCACGGAAAACCUGUGGUUUUGGAAUGUGUUAGAGAAGCAGAGAGGAGGGUUGCCGGAAGUCAAUUCAUGGAGUAUCUUCCCAUGGGUGGAAGCAUAAAAAUGAUAGAAGAAUCGCUGAAGCUGGCAUUUGGAGACAACUCUGAGUUCAUCAAGGAUAAAAGAAUAGCUGCAGUGCAGGCUUUAUCUGGGACUGGUGCAUGUCGACUUUUUGCUGCAUUUCAACAGAGAUUUCAUCCUAAUACCCAAAUCUAUAUACCAGUGCCUACCUGGGCCAACCACCAUAACAUUUGGAGAGAUGCUGGAGUGCCUAUGAAGACAUUCCGUUACUAUCACCCUGAGUCUAGAGGAUUGGAUUUUUCAGGACUGAUGGAUGACAUAAAGAAUGCUCCAGAUGGUUCCUUCUUUCUGCUUCAUGCUUGUGCUCAUAAUCCUACUGGAGUAGAUCCUUCAGAAGAACAAUGGAGAGAGAUCUCUUCCCAGAUAAAGGCUAAGGGUCAUUUCCCUUUCUUUGACAUGGCAUAUCAAGGUUUUGCUAGUGGUGAUCCAGAGAGAGAUGCAAAAGCCAUAAAGAUUUUUCUUGAGGAUGGUCAUUUAAUAGGACUUGCUCAGUCAUAUGCAAAAAAUAUGGGACUGUAUGGCCAGCGAGCAGGAAGCCUGAGUGUGCUUUGUGAAGAUGAGAAACAAGCUGUGGCUGUAAAAAGUCAGUUGCAGCUGAUUGCUAGACCCAUGUACAGUAACCCACCUCUCCAUGGAGCACUUAUAGUUUCUACUGUCCUUGGUGAUCCAGAUUUGAAGAAGUUAUGGCUUAAAGAAGUCAAGGUUAUGGCAGACCGCAUCAUCGGAAUGAGGACUACACUACGAGAAAACUUAGAAAAGAAGGGGUCUACUUUGCCAUGGCAGCAUAUAACUAAUCAGAUUGGUAUGUUCUGCUACAGUGGAUUGACACCUGAACAGGUUGAUCGUAUGACAAACGAGUUUCAUAUUUACAUGACCCGUAACGGUCGUAUCAGUAUGGCUGGUCUUAAUACGGGCAACGUUGGAUAUGUUGCUGACGCUAUCCAUGAGGUUACAAAAUCAUUCUAGAUUAUUCAAUCACCCAACAGGUGACCAAAUUUUUGUCUUUGGAGACAAACAUCUCAGAAGUAGUACCCUUAUCCAGGGGAGCAAAAUAAAUUUAAUAAAGUCUGACAAAUUUUCAACUUGUUUCGGGGUAAGAUAGUGAUACUCUUCAGGGUUUACCUUGCAUAUUGAAGACCCUUAUUGCAAUACGUAUCCGAUUUAUCAUAUCCAUGCACCAUAGAUUAUAUCCAUUUUUACAGACAUCUUGUUUAGCACUUUAAUGAGCAUAACCCUGUAUCAUCAUUUUUUUUAUAAAAUAAUUUGAGUAGUAGAUUGAAUAAGGGCUUUAUUUAUGGUGAACAGGAAGUACGUAGCUUCAUUCUUACUACACUAUUAUUCCUGUUAGUGAAACUUUGCGAUUGUUGAAGCUAGAAUGGAUAUUUAAAUGCUAAUUUCUUUUAUUCCCUUCGUAA